GCAAAUUCCAUAUAUAGUACUAUUUAAGCUCUCUCUCUCUAUCUCUUCCAAUAUCACAAUUUUCCAAUAAAAAUUUGAUUCAAGAAUUUCGCUCCCAAUUUUCCAACAAUGGUGAAUUUCCUCUCUUAUCAAAAUAUCAUCACCAUGGCAGAAAUCUCCCGAACCCAAAUCAUAUUCUGUUCUAUUCCUUUCUACCGAGACCAAAUCGAAGUAACUGUUACAAAGAAAGCUUCCGAAGUUGAUCGAUGGAUCGGCCAAACAGUUCACAUUCACCGUCGAAGACUCCACAAACUCCUCGUCGGUCUCGACAUCGAGUGGCGGGCGACUAGAAACCCCACCGAAGAAACCCCCUCCGUCGCACUCCUUCAGCUCUGCGUCGGCCACCGCUGCAUCUUAUUCCAACUCCUUCACGCGGAUUACAUCCCGAAUUCUCUCUUCGCUUUCCUCGGGAACCCCAGUUUCUCCUUUCUCGGUGUGGGUGUUCACGACGAUGGUGUGAAAUUGUACACGGACUACGGGUUGUUUGUAGCGAACCCGGUCGAUUUGAACAAAUUGGCGAUGGUUGUUCAUGAAAUUGAAGCGUAUGGGAGAAUUGGGUUGAAGAGAAUGGCCUAUGAAGUUCUUGGGAAAGUGAUGAAGAAGCCAUUUAAUGUUACUAUGAGUGAAUGGGAUGCGGAGGAAUUGGUGUAUGAACAAGUUGAAUAUGCUUGUAUUGAUGCUUUUGUGUCUUUUAAGCUUGGGAUGAACUUGUUCUCUGAGUUAUUCAACCCCAGGAAAGUGUAUUGAUUAUUGGUAUAUUGUACUAUUAGUUCCAGAAAGGAGGAAUCUGUAUGAUUUUCUUGAAUAUAUGAUUUCUGUUAUAUGGAUUUUCUUGGUACUGCUAUGGAAUUUGUAUAAUUUGUGUUCGAUUUUCUGAGCCCCACUAACUUCUUUACUGUUGUGUACAUUUAUCCAACAAUUCUAAGGGUGGUUUAGAUAUGGAGUAAA